AUGGAUGCACAUUCGCAAGCUCCGCCUCAAGCCGGUGACGGUGAUGCUCCAAAUCAAUCACUACGGGUGAAAAUCAAUCAAUUGACCGAGGGGCCUGUUAGCCCAGAUCCUAAAAGCGCUUUCGUCAACCACGUCUGGCCUAAAUUGCUAAAUGAGUACGACGCUAUGAGGGAGAGACUGGAGGAAUUUUGCAAAAGUGCUCUCGAGCGCAGAGCUAUUGACUGCCAAGUCAAAAGCAGAACUAAGCAGGUCGAUUCAAUCAGAAAGUCACUCGAUCGGCGCGAGAAAGCGCUCUUGGAUCGCAGCCAAAAGCAAUUCGAGAGCUUCUCUGACAUAUUGAUUAACAUUCAUGAUCUUGUCGGACUCAGGAUCAUCCUCGAAUUUGCUGACGAUAUGGAGAGAGCCGUUUGCUUCAUCAACGAAAGUUUUCGGAAGGAAGAGGAGCCAGUUAUUUUCGUCCGUGACCGUGAGGUUGGCCGGUCCUGGAAAACACGGUUCGGUGCCUACGAGACUCGCAACUAUCGCGUCAGCUUGGAAAAAGCGAAAUGCGGAGCCCUUUCUCAGUUCUGCGACGUGAUGUUCGAGAUACAAGUCACGACUAUCGCGGAAGAUCUUUACAACAAGCUUGCACACCCGCUCUUGUACAAGGGUUCAUCUCUUACUCGCCAGGAUGAGAUCGUGAUAGACAUGGCGCAUGGCAACGCUCUUUGUUAUGCGCUCUGCUUGGCUUACAUGGAGGAUAAACUGAAGAAGCGCGCAAAUAAUAUUGGGGGUAGAGCUGAGUUGGCAACGGCAACCGAAGAAAUUGCAAGAGAUGGCACUAGGUUCAGGAAGAGUUUGACGAAAGGGGCGUCUUUUGACACCCCCGUCUCCCCACACGGUCUUCUGGAAGCGCUUGAGAUUCCGCCGGAGGGAUAUAACUCCAUUGACGAUCUUAAACAGUGGAUUAACAGGAAGUUGACGUAUGGUCUACCCCCAAUUCCGAGUUCUAAGCUCCCCAUUGUGAACGGUGCUACCUUUGACUCCCACACGGACGAGCACGACGCGCGAUGUCACCCUGAUACCCGAGUUGGCCUCCAGCGGGACAUAAUGGCAUGGGCGGACGAUCCGCAGGGCGAAUGCAUCUUCUGGCUAAACGGCAUGGCAGGAACUGGGAAGUCCACCAUAUCACGUACAGUCGCGCAAUUGUUUGCGGACCAAAAUCUUCUCGGUGCCAGCUUCUUCUUUAAGAGAGGCGAGAAAGACCGGAGCAAUGCCGCCCUGCUGUUUACAACUAUUGCGACUCAGCUUAUUGUCAAAGAGCCUAGUUUGGUAUCGUAUAUUAAGGCUGCUAUUGAGGCUGACCCUUACGUCACGAGCAAAAGGUUGGAGGAGCAGUUUAAGAAGCUGAUCCUAAAGCCGUUGGAAAACCUAAAGGGCAGUUUGGACGAUAUCAAGACAAUUGUCCUGGUGAUUGAUGCCCUUGAUGAGUGCGAACGGGACGAUGAUAUCAGGGUUAUCAUUUCCCUGUUGUCACAAGCAAAGAGUCUGAUUUCCGUACGGCUAAGAGCUUUCCUCACAAGCCGGCCUGAGUUGCCAAUCCGACUUGGCUUCAAUAAGAUCAAGGGAAAAUACCAGGAUCUAGUCUUGCAUGAAAUCCCAGAGUCAAUUAUCGAGCACGACAUCACUACAUAUCUGGACUCUGAGCUUACAAAAAUCCGAAACGACUAUAAUGAUCUGUCUCCUGGUGGCCGGCAACUUCCGCACGAUUGGCCUGGUCCCCAGAUUGUCCAAGACUUGGUCAAGAUGGCCGUUCCCCUCUUUAUCUUUGCAGCUACUGUUUGCCGUUUUAUCCGGGACCCAGCAUGGUGUGAUCCCGGUGACCAAUUAGCAAAGAUCCUGGAAUAUCAGUCAGGAACACAGCAAUCCGAGAUCGACAAGCUAGACGCAACAUAUCGCCCAGUCCUUGAUCGGUUGCUUGUCGGUUCCGAGGAAUCUAAGAGAUCCCUUCUUUAUGAAUUCCGGAUGGUCGUGGGCCCGAUUGUGCUUUUAGCCGAACCACUCCCGACGUGCUCUUUAGCCCGACUUCUUGGGAUACAAGAGAAGGUCGUUAUUCGCAGACUUGAACCACUUCACUCCGUCCUUAGCGUACCGGACUCUCCUACAUCCCCGGUUAGGAUGUUUCAUUUGUCAUUCCAUGACUUUCUCGUUGAUCCCAACAAACAGGGCACCAACUCGUUCUGGAUAGACAGGUGUGCAACCCACGAAAAAAUUGCGAUUAGAUGCUUGGAGCUUCUUUCUGGUUACUUGAAGAAGGACAUCUGCGAUCUGAGAAUGCCUGGAACAGCUCGUGCCGACAUUGAGUCGUCAGUCAUCGACUCACAUUUGCCAUCAGAUGUCCGGUAUGCGUGCCUAUAUUGGGUCUAUCACGUUCAGCAAAGCAGUUCUCGUAUAAGCGAUAACCAUCAAGUAUAUACCUUCCUCGAACGUCAUUUCCUCCACUGGCUGGAAGCUCUAAGUCUCCUUGGGAAAGUAUCUACAAGUGUUGGAAUGAUUAGGGAUUUACAGGGUCUCCUUAGUCCCGGUAUUAGUUCCACGAUCUCCGCGUUUUUACACGAUGCAACACGAUUUAUUCUUAACUUCCGCCAGAUUAUCGACAUUUGCCCCCUUCAGACUUAUACUUCCGCAAUUAUUUUUGCGCCAAUGAAAAGCAUAAUCAGGGGAAUAUUCUGUGGUUAUAUUCCUGAAUGGAUUCCAGUAUUGCCAAUAGUUGACUUAGAGUGGAACGCGUGUCUGCAGACCCUUGAGGGGCAUAGCGAUUCUGUUACAGCGGUAGCGUUCUCGCCGGAUGGUGCCACACUGGCGUCAGCUUCAUACGAUGCGACGGUACGGCUCUGGGAUGUGGCGACCGGCGAGCACCGGCGGACCCUCAGGGGGCAUAGCACUUUUAAUCGUCUAUCGUUUUUGGAUAAUGACAACCUUGAAACAAAUCGAGGAUUGCUGAGGAUAACCCCGAGUUCAGCAAAUAACUUUACCGACCAAGAACCGGGCAGCGGUCUUCUCUUUGUCAGUGAUAAGUGGAUUACACGAGAUGGGAAGAACCUUGUCUGGCUUCCUCCUAACUAUCGGCCAACAUGUACAGCUGUAUACAAUUGUACCAUCGCCCUAGGAUAUGCUUCUGGCCAGGUUUUGCUCUUUCGAUUUGCUUUUAAUGGGAAGGGUGGACGUCAUAGUGUCUUAUAA